GGCCUCUGCCCCCGAACUGUUCCCAAGUGCUUCCGGCGCAUAGUGCAAGCGGAAGAGGCGGGGCGGCGCCUGCGCAGUUCGGGGCGGAGUACACGCUUUGGGAAGCAGAAGCGGCCCGUCGCGGAGCGAAGCCUUUGGGGCGGACAGGAUGCCUGGACUAAGUUGUAGAUUUUACCAACAUAAAUUUCCAGAAGUAGAAGAUGUGGUCAUGGUCAACGUCCGGUCCAUUGCAGAAAUGGGAGCUUAUGUUAGCCUUCUGGAAUAUAACAAUAUUGAGGGCAUGAUUCUACUCAGUGAGCUGUCCAGGAGACGUAUUCGUUCUAUAAACAAACUUAUCCGAAUUGGCAGAAAUGAGUGUGUUGUUGUCAUAAGGGUCGAUAAAGAGAAAGGUUAUAUUGAUUUGUCAAAAAGAAGAGUUUCUCCAGAGGAGGCAAUUAAAUGUGAGGACAAAUUCACCAAAUCAAAAACUGUUUACAGCAUUCUCCGCCAUGUUGCCGAGGUUUUAGAAUAUACAAAGGAUGAACAGCUGGAGAGCCUUUUUCAGAGAACAGCUUGGGUGUUUGAUGACAAAUACAAAAGGCCCGGAUAUGGUGCAUAUGACGCCUUCAAACAUGCAGUUUCGGAUCCCUCAAUCCUUGAUGGAUUGGAUUUGACAGAAGAUGAGAAGCGUGUAUUAAUUGACAAUAUCAAUAGGCGACUGACUCCACAAGCAGUCAAAAUUCGAGCAGAUAUUGAAGUUGCCUGUUAUGGCUAUGAGGGUAUUGAUGCAGUGAAAGAAGCUCUGAGGGCUGGUCUGAGCUGUUCUACAGAGAGCAUGCCCAUCAAAAUAAACUUGAUAGCUCCUCCUCGGUAUGUGAUGACCACUACAACACUGGAGAGAACUGAAGGCCUUUCUGUCCUCAGCCAAGCAAUGGCUGUCAUUAAAGAAAAAAUUGAAGAGAAGAGGGGUGUCUUCAAUGUGCAGAUGGAGCCCAAGGUGGUUACUGAUACUGAUGAAACUGAGCUUGCAAGACAAUUGGAAAGAUUGGAACGUGAGAAUGCUGAAGUAGAUGGAGAUGAUGAUGCUGAGGAGAUGGAGGCAAAAACUGAAGAUUAAACUGCUUGGGAUGAAAGUAUAAGUAGCAGUUACACAUACACCAAACCAGUAAGGACACCUUCAAUUAAGAGGGUGUCUAGUAUUGAAACUCCACAAGAAAAUACUUGAAAUAUUUUCAAGUUUUAAUGAGACCAAAUUUUGAAGAGACAAUAAAAAUCAUCUGCAGUGUGUUGAUUAAUCUCCUCAAAGAGGGAAGGUGCCUCUGACUGAAGGCUUAAUUUCUUUCCCCCCCAAUAAACUAGGCAUUGUCUAAAUGCUGUUCUUAAUAUUUUCAUAUCUAACAAGUCCAGGCUGGCAAACCAUUCAGUAUGUCUGUCAGUGAGGUUGUAGGAAUUAAACCAAUACUUCUUCACAGAUUGUACUCCAGCAAAGAUUCAAUAAAUCUCAUGGAUAUUUA